AUGAUUUAUUUCUACAAAACAACUAUUUUAAUUUUUUAUUUAUAUGAAUAUUAUUACAUAAAUAAAUAUAUAAAAAAAAUAUUGCUGUCUGAAAAACACGCUGAGCAUGCAACAAAUUUGCAUAAUAUAAAUGAAAGAUAUAGUAAAGAAAAUGAUGCAUAUGAAAAAUUAGUACAAUAUCUUACAAAACUAAUAAGUGAGGAUCUUGAAGAAAUAGAUUCCUCUAAAGUAGAUGAAUGCAAAUUCGAAAAUGUAGAAGGAAAUUUUGAAGAUGAAUCUGGAGAAAAGAAAAGCAUUAGAAAACAUAAAAUUUUCCUUGAGCAAGAAGAAAAGAAGGAACAAGAAAAAAAAGAACAAUUACCACUUGAAACUUCAUUAGUAAGUAAAAAUGAAUUAGAAGAGUUUGAAAAAAUAACAAAAGGAAUAAACAUAAUGAAUGUUGAUUUCUCACGAAUAAAUAAACUUUUAGGAUUAGGAAUAAGUAGAAAUGUGGAUGUUCAAGUUUUGAAUGAUGAGUUUCCAUUAUAUUUAGGUCCUAAAAUUAAUUUUAAAGAUAUAACUAAACCUUUUGGAGCAACAUUUCCAAUUUUAAAAGAUGCCAUUGAAUCGGAUUUACAUAAUACAUUAUUCUUUGACAAUUUUUUGACUAUUGAUAUUUAUGAAUUUAUAAAUAAAACAUAUGUAGGAAAUUUAACUCUUGAAAAAGCUUAUUUUUCGUUUAUCUUGAAAGAUAUUCGUUAUGUACAAUAUAGUGAAAAAGUUUUGGAAUUUCUUAAUUCAUCAUGUGGUUUAUAUAAUACUUUGUUAAAUAUUCCCAUCUUUAUUUCUGUAUAUUUGAAAAAUAAGGAACCUGAAAUUUGCAUUUUUUUUGAUGAACACUUUUCUAAAAUACGACAAAAUGUUGAAACAAAUACUAAAUUUGUAGAAAAUGUAAUUAAAAGUAUAAAUUACAGAUAUCUUACUAAAGAUGAAAAGAUAAGACUAGGUAAAAUUAUUGCAAAUACUAAAAAAUAUGAGCACUAUUUAAGCACUACUAUAAAUUAUUUUAAAGUAAAAAUAGAUACAAUCACUGAAGGAAUUUAUUUUGUUGAAAAGAUAACACCAAAUAAUAAAAUGCUAAAUAGAGAUAAUAUUCUAAUUUCAUGUAUUUACUUUGUGCUGAGUUAUUGUAUAAAAUUUGCUACACCAUUAUAUGAAAAAAUUAUAAAUAGAGGGGAAUACAGUAGAUCAGAAUUUUUUUUUGUAUCUAGUAAUUUAAAUAAUCUUAUAAAUAUUUUAGAAUUUCUUCAACAUAAUUCAAAGUUAUAUAAUGACUUCUAUGAAAAUUUUGAAAAUUUAGAUAAACAUUAUCCUCGUGUAAAAUCGGAAGACACUUUUCUAAAUUUUUACGAUUUUAUUAUGUUAAAAAUUCAUAUAAUUGGUAUAAUUUAUAAUAUAUGCAAAAUAUCUUUAAAAAUUGUUCAUUGCAAUCAAGUGAAAGAAAAUUACAUAAAAUGGAAGAGUCAUUCAUAUUAUAAAUUAUUACAUGAUUCGAGAUAUAUAAUACAAAUAUCAAGUGAAUUACUUAAAAAAAAUUUAUGA